AUGUCGCACACGUGGCCAGUUUGGCAGGAGAGGCUUCGUACGCUGCGUACGAUCUUUUUGGACACGCCACGGGUCACGGCGGGACGUACUGUGGACGCCAAGUUGCGACAGUUGGAAGAUGCGUGUGCAAGUGCUGAUGAGGGGAAGCUGAGAAAGGCAUUGGAAGAUGCACGCCAGGAUGCAGAGGAGCCUCUCGAGGAGCCUUCUGUGGUGGAGAGCCUUGCAAAGGCCGAAGACAUGCUGAACAGCAUCCUGGUCGACCGCGCCCUGAAGAACCUCAAGGAGGUUCUGCGCAGCGGGGAUGAGGCGCAGCUGCGAGACGCCAUCCAGGCAGCCAGGGAUGUGGAGCUUCCUUUGGCGCAGCUUCAAGAGGCAGAGAAUGCUUUGACUGAAAUGGUUCAAGAGCGCGAGCUAAAGAUGCUUCGCAGUGCUACGGUUGGAGAUGAUGAAACCCAGCUCCGGAAUGCAAUCCAAGAGGCCCGUCUUGCCGAUCUUCCCUCAAACGACGUCGAUAAGGCUCAGGAUGCUUUGAACGAGCUGAUCCUUGCUCGCGAGCGCAAAGCAUUGAAUGAUGCCAUGGACAGUGGGGACGAGAUCCAGCUGCGUGAUGCGAUAAGCGAUGCCAGCAAGGCCGAUGUGCCCAUGCAGGAGGUGGAGGAAGCGCAAAAGUUCUUGCAGAUGUUGAUGCUGAGAAGACGCAUGGAUUUCUUGGAGAAGGCGAUCGGGAAUCGCGAGGAGGGCGAGCUGCGCGAGGCCAUCGCCGCAGCGCGGAAGGGGGCUCUGCCGGACGACGACGAGGAAGUCGCGCGGGCCAAUGCCAUCCUUGGACAGGCACAAGCCACUCUGAAGGACAUCAUCUUGGAGAAGGAGCUGAAACAACUCCAGGACGCCGUGACAAGUGGCGACGAGGACCAAUUGCGCGAGGCCUUGAGCCAGGCGAGGGCUCUGAACCUGCCUGAGGAGGAAUGUUCUCGCGCACAAGAGGAGCUGAACAGCCUGAUCUUCGCGAGAAAGCUAAAGCGCUUGCGAAACGCAGCGGGCGGUUCUGACGAGGACCAGCUGCGGGCAGCGAUCACAGAGGCACGCAAGGAUGGGUUGCCAGCAGACGAGCUGGAGCGGGCAAAUGACGCGCUGUUGGUGCUGGUGCGGCAGAGGGACCUCACGGAGCUUCGGGAGGCUGCAGCGAGCGAGGAUGAAGAACUUCUCCGCGAGGCCAUCAUGGAGGCCAUGCAGCUGGAGCUUCCCUCCGAGGAGAUCGACAACGCCCAAAAUGCCCUCACUGCCCUGGUACAGCGACGUUCCGAGCGGCAGCUGAAGCAGGCCAUGGAAGCGGACGAGUCGGAGCUCAAAGGUGCAAUCGCCGAGGCACGGAAAGUCGGCCUCUCCGAGGAGUUGAUCGACGAAGCGAAGAGGACAUUACGGCAGAAGGCCCGUGACAGGAUCUCCAAAUAUUUGCAAGACGCCACAGAGUUGCAGGAGGAGGAGCAGCUGCUGGAUGCCUUGGCUGAGGCCCGUAAGGUUGACUUGGCCUCAGAGGACUUGGAGAAAGCACAGGAGGUCCUGAUGAUGACAAGGAUCAAUCGCAUGGUCACCGAUCUGCGUUUGGCAACCCAAGGUGGCGAGACGGAGCUGCGCGAGGCGAUCCGAGAAGCCCGUCGUCAGGAACUUCCAGCGGCGGAGAUUGACAGUGCUCAGGACGUCUUGGCUGAAAUCGUGGCGACAAAGAAGUUGACGCGGCUUCAGAACGCUGCCGAGUCAAGGGAUGAGGGGGAGCUUCGAAACAUCCUGUCCGAGCUGCGCAAGAUGGAGCUGCCGUCACAGGAGAGGCUGCGUGUGGACAUCCAGGAAAAGAUCACGGAAGGCCAGGCCGCGCUGAAUCAAAUCGAAUUGGAUCGGGAGCUGGAGCAGGUGGAGGAAGCGAUGAAAAGUGGGAACGAGACGCAGCUCAGGAAGGCUAUCGAGCAGGCCCGUGAGGCCAGCGUCCUGCCUCAAGACCUGGAGGAGGCGUCGAUGGCCCUUGGCCAGCUCACCUCGGAGCGGUUGCGGCGAAAGCUCCAGCUGAUGGUUGUCUGCGAGGACGAAGACGAGGUCCGGGAGGUGCUGAAAGAGGCCCGUGCCGCGCAGAUCAGUGGCGAGGAGGUCGAGAAAGCCCGGGACCGGCUGACCGACCUCGUGCUGGUCCGGGAGCUCACGGAGGCCUACACGCGGGUCUCGCUGCGCACGGCCAUCGAGGAGGCCGAGCUGCGCCAGCUGCAACAUCCGGCGCUGGAUGUGGCCAGGAGCAAAGUCUCUGCCAUCGAUCGUUUGCGAGAGGCCGAGCAGUCCCGGAAUCCAUCAGUCAUCGAGGCUGCCCUCGCGAGUGCCAAGGGGCUCCGGGUGGACCCGGACGCGAUCAGCAGCGCUGAAGGUGUGUUGGAGAGGGAAUUGGGAAUCCAACGCUUCGGGCUCAAGCACGACAGGGUCAUUCAAGAAAGAGGUGGACAGGCAUUGCCCAUACCUGUUCAAGAACGCUUCCGGAGUGCGGACAUCUUCUUGACACUGCUGCGGGUGGUGUUCAGCAGGACGGUGCAGCAGGUCGCUAUGCCAGUCGGCGUUUGCACUGCUUGGGCUGCAUGCUGCGCUGCCUUUUCUUCGUGGCACCACGCACUCCCAGACACCGCAUGGAGGCUCAACCAGUUCUUGGUGACUCCACUUGGCUUGCUCCUGACAUUCCGCACGCAGCAGUCCAUAGCCAGAUUCAACGAAGCAGUGACGAACUUGGGGAAAAUCUCCAGCGUUUGCAGAAGUCUCUCCCGCGCCCUGUUUUACCAUGACGAGCGCGUCCCGAGAGAAAUCCAUCGCAAGCUUGCGGAGGACAUCCGCCUGUUCCCUGAAGUGCUCCGGGAGCACCUCGAGAAUCGGCGCACCAAGCUCCUCAACAUCAGGCGGGAUGAUGUCAACAAGCCACUGGCUUUGCUGGACCGCGUGCAUUACUGCAUCUCCAAUCUACUGCUGCUGGAUUUAUCUGAGCGGAAUCUGCUGUUGAAAUAUGUGGAGCAGCUCUCCGAUCUUGUCAGCCCUUGCGAAAGUGUCGUGCAGACACCCGUGCCACAAAGCUAUGUCAGGCACACUGGCCGUUUCUUGGUGGUCUGGUUGCUCAGUUUGCCGCUGGCCCUUGCUGCAGAGACCGGCUGGCUCACGGUGCUGAUCGAACUCAUCGCAUCCUGGGGGCUGCUGGGCAUACAGGAGAUCGGGCUACGCCUUGAGGAUCCAUUCAACGGUCAGGUCACCAUGGAGGUGUUCAUCACCACAGUGGCCAAAGAAGUACGUCAACGAUAUGUCUUGGUCGUAGAAGACCUACUCCAAGCACAUGCGCAGGGCCAGCUGGAAGACAUGUGCCAGCGCUGGUCUCAUCGAUUUGACUCUCGCUUUCUGCGAAUUCUCCGCGACGAGCAACGUUUGGCAGUGGAAGAGCGCCCCGACGGCCCUGGACUAGAGACUAGAGAUGAGACGGGGAAGAGACCCUUUCACCGAGAGGGCUACACAGGACUUGACUGGAACUUGGUGGGUGGCAGUUGUCUUGCGUUUUUCGGCCGAAACACUGUUGGGCUCCAAUUUCUUCACAACUACACAGCGAAUAACGAGAAACACCGGAGUCACAAAGAGCCAAUCGCCUCAGGAAGUGCUUUGUCCCUUGCGCAGGCGAUCUUCAACGCAGGCAUCGUGGCCGUUCGGCUGCUCCACAGCCACGGGGCGCUUUUUCUGUCUGCAGAGCCUACAGGCCUGGAGACUAUAAAUGCGAUGAGUGGUGAUCUCGACCCAUGGGCGGCUUUGGACGACGAGAAGGAGUCCGUCGGAGAAGAGGACUAUAGGGGAUUAGGAAGGUAUGUGCGCUUUAAAACUUUAAACAUGCUCUGUGAGGAGAUCCUGCGCCACGGAGCACAAAAAGCCCAGAUAAUGUCCCCGAGCCUGUUGACAAAUCAGGAGCUCAUCGAGCUGGACAAUGGCGAGGUAGAGGUGCCAGUUGAGGAGGAGGACGACAUCGCUCCCACCAAGGACGCCCCGAAGUUCCGACACAGCAGUUCAUGUGAUGCUCGGUUGGAACGGUGGCAGGCGGGCGCUGACGUGGCUCCGUGGGCUGCUCUAGACGAGGAGGAAGAGUCGGUCGGGGAGGAGAAUGAGGGAUGGGGACAGCUGGAUUUCGAGAGCGGUGGUGACGUUGUGGAGGUGGACGUCGAAGAUGACGAGUUCCUGGAAGAGGAGCUUCCAGAGGUGGAGGAGCUGGAAGAGGCCUUCGAAGAGCUGGGGGAGCUCGGAAAUCAAGAUGGAGAGCAGAUUGAACCGAACCAGGACCAGAGCGAGGAAGAGGUCGUGCCCGGAAGGGAAGACGACCUGAAGCUGUCGGAUGUCCCUGAGGACAUGCGGGAGGCAGUCCAAGGCAGUUUGAGCCUGAAGCGGGUCUUGGACAAGAAGUACGGCAGCCUUGAGACGGAGGAGCCCGAUGCCAAGAGGCGACGCGAGGAGCCGAUGGAGCCCCCACGGCAGGGACUCCUGGACCGCUGGCAGCUGAGCUGGGAUCCUGCGGUGAGGUACGUCAUGCAAACCGCUGAGCUGGCGGAUGUCGAAGAGGUGGCCAAGACCCCUUGGAAGCCUGCGGCAAAGCAUCCGCGCGCCAACGGACGUGAUCCGAAGUCCUUUGCCGAGCAGGUGAACGAGAGGCUGCUCCUGGCAAGGGAAGCGAAGCUGUGCUCCAAAGAGGUGGUCAGCAUCCUACAAGCUUGGACUCAGAGGCGGAACCUCAGCGAGGAGGACAUCCUGCGCUUGAGAUCAGCAAACCACAAGAACUUGAGAUAUGUGAUGCAAGAAUAUGAUGGCAAGCGGCCGAUCCUAGAACUGCUGGACGAGGCAGCAGCCCAGCUUGUCUCGGAGGACAGUGAGAAGACAGAGGAUGCCUUGCCUGACAGUCCUGGCCUUUUCACGAUCAGCAGGUUCAACAGGCUGGAGUUGAUCGACUCAAUGGCAGACGCGCUGGUGCUCGGCGAUGCCAACCUGACGUUCUCCGCUUUGCUUGCAGAACAUCGGGAAGGUCUUGGGCAUGUUGGGCGCGUCGUUGCCACCACCUUUGAGACGAUUGAAAUCCUGCGAGAGCGCUAUGUGGAGAUUGACCAGACUGUGAAGUUCCUUGAAGACAAGAUGUCUGAAGUUCUCCACAAUGUGGAUGCAACCAGGCUGGCCGUGGAUCCUCGGUUCCAGGGCAUGGAGAAGAAGUUUGGAGCCGUGUACUACAAUUUUCCACAUGCAGGUGCCAUCCAGGGCUUCUUUGAUGGCCAUCCCUUUGUUCGCUGGCGUCAUGAAAACUUGAUGCACUUGUUCUUUAGAGCCUUGCGGGGCUUCGUGAAGAAAGGCGGAGUGGUGAAGGUGGCCUCGAACUGCAAUGCUACAGGCGUGCGGUAUUCCGACAUUAUCCUGGGGGCGCAGCAGAGCGAGUUCAUCCAUGUGGAGACCUUCCCUUUCCUAGAGUGGCAGCUCAGAAACUACCGGCGAUCCUAUGGUGACCGCCGCGACAAGGGACGGCGACCCGAGGAUGGUCAGAACUACAGGGCCCAGAAUGCUCACAGAGACAUGGUUUACUGUUUCCGCUAUGAGCCCUCUGGAGACAACCCGCCAAAACCUACCGUCCGAGAGCCACCCUCCAAAGCACAGCUCAUGGCUGCGAGCGAGGGCAAGCUCCAGAAGAUGCACAGAAACGAACGAGAACAGCGAGUGCAGGAGAUCGGGGAGCUCUUCAAAGCAUAUGUGGCAGGAAUUCAUAUUGGCUGA